AUGGGUUCCAACGACUGUCCUACCAAGCUUGUCACUGUGUUUGGGGCAACUGGAAAGCAAGGUAGCUCUGUGAUCCGCUUUCUGGUGCAGAACCCCUCAUUCCAGAUCAGAGGUCUCACACGAGACCCUGGUUCUAACGCAGCUCGGGAUAUUGUUGCCCUGGGCGUUGAGGUUGUUAAAGCCGACGGAUGGAAGAAAGAAGAGAUCACCGCCGCGUUCGGUGGUUCCUGGGCCGCCUUUGUCGAAACGAACUCCGAUGAUCCAGUAGGCCUUAGAACUGGAAAUCUGAGCGCGCUGACUUACUUUAGAUCUCCGGCAAGCCAGACAGUCGAAUUGAGACCAUAG